UCUUGUUGAGGAACGAAGCAGAAGGAAAUCAGAAAAAUGGCAGCUAUUUUGAAGAGUUCGAAUUUUCAGCUGUUAACAAGGAAUCCGGUUAUUCGUUAUCAUUAUCGAACCGCAUAUUAUGUCCUGUUACCGGAAAUUCCUCAUGAUACUGCAGAAACCAAUCCCGUACUUCGCACACAUGAACUGGUUGAUUACAAGACAGUUUCAGCUGAAACAUGUCUCAAUGCCGUAGCCAAGUUGUCACUCGAGCAAGAAUCAGGAAUAUGGAAGCUGGAAAAUCAGCUCACAGAACCAGGAUCAAAUGUCACAUUCAAGUCACUUAUGGAUCCCAUUGAAAAACUCAGUGCUCCUCUAGAUGCAGCGUGGGGUGUUGCCAGAACACUGUACGUCACAGAUAGUGAAAAAAUGCCUUCAGAAACUUACAAGCAGAUCCACAAGCGAGCAAGGAAAUCCAGAUCCUUGAAGUUUCAAAGCAAACCAAUUUAUGAAGCUUGCAAGAGUAUAAUGAAUGAAAAUAAAAAGCUGGAUCAAAGACAACUAAGAUUAUUGAACAAGUACAUCCUCGAAGGUCGACUAAACGGUUCUGAAUUGAACGAGUCUGGCAUGAAAAACUACAUCGAAAUGUCGCGUAAGCUUGAAUACCACAAGGCAAACUUUCAGCAGAAAGUAGAAAAGGCCACCAAUCGUUUUAGUCACGUCAUCACCGAUCCCGCUACGGUCCGUGACUUCCCGUCUGAACUGUUGCGCGCCACGGCUCUAGACAGUUUGGCUCCCAGUCGCGGCCCUUGGAAAAUCACUCUUCAGCCACACAUUUACUCGUCUUUCAUGGAACACUGUCCAGAUCCUCUGCUGCGCUGGAACGUUUGGCAGGCGCACAGGGCUCGCGGAUCCAGUUCCGGCGAUACUUCCCUAACCACUAGUCUCGAUCUUGAGGAAAUCCGCUACCAGCGACGUGAUCAAGUCAAAUUGCUGGGCUACCCCAGCUUCGCCGCUAUGAGCAUGGAAACCAAAAUGGCCGGCAGUGUGGGCAAUGUCACAAAAAUGAUUGAAUUGCUCUUGGAAAAAGCUUUUCCGGCACAAGAGAAAGAACUGACUGAGCUGGAGAGUUUUGCCAGAGAAAGGGGUUUCGAUGGAUCUUUGCACAUGUGGGACGUUCCGUACUGGCGACGCAAACAAGUCGCAUCGCUGUGCCAGCACGAAGAAGGCGACAUUCGCGAAUAUUUCCCCUUACCGCGGGUCCUUACCGGUCUGCUGGCUCUGAUUGAAGAUAUCUUCAACAUCCAUUUCGAGUUGAUUGAUCAGAACAAAACCGGUGCCACUGCAUGGCAUCCAGACGUCUCGUUAUACGCAGUCCGACACGCAGACGGGAAAUUGAUUGGUCAUUUCUACUUUGAUCCUUUCUCCAGGAUAGGGCGGAAACUAUUGAGCCGUGAAGCCGCUAACUGGAUGAUUAGCACACGAAGCCGAUCAGAUGUCGUGAAUCACACGCCGGUGGCUUCUGUGGUCAUGAAUUUCACUCCUAAUCUACACGGAAUCCCGUCACUGCUCUCGUUUCAUCAAGUGCAGACCCUUUUGGCCAAGAUGGGGCACGCUUUGCAGCACCUACUGACAGAGUCGCCCUACAGCGAAGUGGCCGGUCUGACCAACCUGGAAUGGGACGCUGUUCAGAUAUCGGCGCAGUUUUUCCAGUUCUGGUCUUCCGAUUGGACAACGAUGAGCAAAAUCAGUGGCCACUUUGAAUCCGGUCAACCGCUAGCGAAAGAGACGCUCAACCAGCUCAACAAAGCUGCAGUGCACAUGUCCGGCCACGAUCUUUGCCAGCAAUUGUACCUGUCCGCCCUCGACUUGGAACUUUACUCGACUAGAGAAUUUUGGCUGGAUAUCGUCAAAAGAUUAUGGCCCAGAUUUCAACGUUUCCCCCUUGAGAAACUUGACGCUCAGCCGUGCAAUUUCACCGACAUAGUCAGCCAGGAUAUGGCAGCUGCUUAUUAUUCUCACACUUGGUCCAAAAUGGUGGCCGCCGACAUAUUUUCUGCCUUUCAAGAAGCUGGAAUGGAGGAUCGAGAUGCUCUUAGGACAGUUGGAGAACGUUUCCGCAAUGUUGUCCUUGCCAACGGCGGAGCAGUGGCACCUAGUGAAACUUUCCGCCAAUUUAGAGGAAGAGAUCCUUCGCCGGAUGCUUUAUUAACCCAUGCAAAACUUAAUUGACUGUGUAGAAAAUAAACAAUAAGAUAGAAUUCCAUAAUUGUAUUUGUUGACAAUUGGAAUACAAGAUGCUACAAAUGGAA